AUGACAACUACUGACGAGACUACAGACGAGAACAGACGGAUUACAGACGAGACUACAGAUGAGAACAGAGGGACUACAGACAAGACUACAGACGAGAACAGAGGGACUACAGACUAUACUAUAGACGAGACUACAGACCAGAACAGACGGACUACAGACGAGACUACAGACCAGAACAAACGGACUAUAGACGAGACUAUAGACGAGACUACAGACGAGAACAGAGGGACUACAGACGAUACUACAGACGAGACUACAGACGAGAACAGAGGGACUACAGACGAUACUACAGACGAGACUACAGGCGAGAACAAACGGACUACAGACGAGACUACAGACGAGAACAGACGGACUACAGAGGAGACUUCAGACGAGAACAGACGGACUACAGAUGAAAACAAACGAGAGUACAGACGAGACUACAGACCAGAACAGACGAAAACAGACGAGACUACAGACAAGAACAGACGGACUACAGACGGACUACAGACAGACUACAGACGAGAACAGAUGGACUACAGACGAGACUACAGACAAUACAAGACUACAGAAGAGAGUACAGACACGACCACAGACGAGAACAGACGGACUACUGACGAGAACAGACGGACUACAGACGAGACUACAGACGAGAACAGACGGACUACAGAGGAGACUUCAGACGAGAACAGACGGACUACAGAUGAAAACAAACGAGAGUACAGACGAGACUACAGACCAGAACAGACGAAAACAGACGAGAGUACAGACGAGACUACAGACGUGACUACAGACGAGACUACAGACGAGACUACAGACGAGAACAAACAGACUACAGACGAGAACAAACGGACUACAGACGAGACUACAGACGAGAACACACAGACUACAGACGAGACUACAGACAAGAACAGACGGACUACAGACGGACUACAGACAGACUACAGACGAGAACAGACGGACUACAGACGAGACUACAGGGAAAGGGGGUCCGGUGAUGGAACAGAUCUUCUGUCCGUUCCGGUGCAGAGGCGUUUGAUGGCGGCGAGGGUCCCUUACGGCAAGAGCGGCUUCGAUGUGUUCUCCUUCUUCGAGUGGGAAGACGUCCGUUGA